CUGGUCUUUACAUACAUGCAAAGUCACCCUGCAGGGGAUUGUUUACUAUAGGACCUGGCAGCUCCCUCCCACCUGUCAGACCGAGACAUAGGAAGUCAUGUGACCUGAUGAUCAGUAGAGAAACAGAAACAUUGGACAAGAGGCAGAUUCAGGAGGACAAACAGAGCACCUUUCCGCCCCUGUGAGCCGUGUAACCAAUGGCAACCUCAGUCCAGAGUCUUCCUCGUCCUGGCAAGAACUUCAAAAUCGCCUUCCCGACGCCGUCCUUUACGCAGCGCUGCAGCAUGGGGAGUGUCGGCAGUCUGGUGGAGAGGCCCGAUGUCUCUCCCGCCAAGGUGAACCGAGCCGUGCCCCAAGUCAGGCCCAAGCAGUCCGGCGGCCUCCUGAAGAAAGGCUUCGCUCAGAGAGAACUCCUCAACUACCUCAACAUCACCAGAAAGGAGCCCAAAACCAACCAGGCCAGGGGCAACAAGAAGGACAUCGUGAUCUCCGUCGGAGGACGAGAGGAAGAAAACUUGUACGCUCGGGUCUUCCACAAAGAUGGGACUGAAAUUGACUUGGCAAAGAACUCCCUGCCAAGUGGGGGAAAGUAUGAAAAGGAUCGAUUGAGGUCGUCCGCCUUCAAACCCGUCACCCCCAAAAACUUUAGCUCCAUGCAAAACCUGUAUCCAUCUUCCAAAUCAGAGGACUUGGACCACGGCCUCUCCAAUGGGCUGCACAGAGCCUACGCCCAUGUCACCAAAGCUGUUUCCAGCUCUUCUUGCUCCUCCUCUCCCUCACGCCAUGCUGGGACAACCACGGCCAACAAGGCUCAUUCCUCAGCGCGUGGGGCGAGCCAGGAGGAUGACAACCUGUCGGACUCGGGCCAUAACUCCAUGAGCAGUUUGCCGCCAUACCGCCCCCCUUUCCGCCCACACCUGGCUCACAUCAGCGCAUCAAUGGGUCAUAUCAACACCAUCGGCUCGCUGGACCGCACCACUUUGGGCGCCAAGGCUGCUGGCUCAGGGGGCGUGGCCAUGGGGGAGAUGGCAUGUCGCAGCAUGGCCACGCUCAGCCGCCUGGUGCCGUAUGGAGGGGAGGCUCCACCUCCUUAUGAUUGGACUCUGUCCAUGUCUGUUGAAGAAGUGGUGCGGGAUCUGGAGGAGCGUCUGGUGGAGAAAGAACACGAGCUGAAGCAGAUGAAAAGAAAUCUGGACGAGAGCGAGGGUGCGGUCGCUCAGGUAUUUGAAGGCAAACAGCGUCUGUGGGAGAAGGAGGUGGAGGAACUGAAGCGCCUCUACGCUGCCAAGCUCCGCCAGGUUUCCCAGCAUGCCCAGCGAGCCCAACGUGGCCUCCAAUUGCAGCUCUACAAGGCCCAGCAGGACAAGAACCGACUGCAAGAGGAGCUGGAUAGCGUGAAAGGGGAAAGAAUCCCCGAGUCCGGAGACAAAGAGAAGCCGACCAGUCCAACCCUUGAGGAGACACAGUGGGAGGUUUGCCAGAAGUCGGGAGAGAUCUCCUUGCUCAAGCAGCAGUUUCGGGACUCUCAGGCUGAGGUGACCCAGAAGUUGAGCGAGAUCUUCCAGCUGAAGACGCAGCUGAGGGAGAACCGCAUGGAGUUGCGCAACAAGGAGAGCCAGAUAGACGCUCUCCAGGUAAUCCUGCAGGACAACCAAAUGCACAGACGACCCUCUCAGAUCGCCAGCGACCAUGGAAAAGGAGAAGAGAGCGCUGGAGCAACAGGAGGCUGUGUGGGCCCGAAUGAGGAGCGUCUGCGCGCCGAGCUACUGCUGGAGCGCCGCCAGAGCGAGGCCCAGGCCAUGGCUUUUGAGGAGGAGAGGAAGACAUGGCAGACAGAAAAGGACAAGGUCAUCCGCUACCAGAAGGAGCUGCAGGCCAGCUAUUUAGAGAUGUAUCACCGCAACGCAGAGCUGGAGAGGGAGGUGCACCAGCUGAGAGGGGGCAAGAACCGGAACGGGACUUUGGAAAGAGAAGUGCCAGAGCUGCAGAGUGCACAGGAAGUGGAAAAGCAAAAAGACUGCAGUCCAUCCUCGGGUUUGCCAUGGAUAGACAGGAUUGAAUCCUCUGAUAUCUAAACCUUAGUUGUUUUUUUUUCAGCAACGACCGGAAUGACAAGGGCUGUUUGGACCAAAAGUUGGAAAGAGCAGAAAAAAAACUUU